AUAACUUUGUCAAGAGGUGGGUUGAAAGGGUCCAGGUUUAUUUAUAGCUAUGGUCUCUUGGCUUCAUGUGUGGUAGUUCGCCGUCAACAUCGGUAGCCUCACUAGGUCCCGUGGUGAACCAGCUCAACGACAACGCCCGCGAAACGUUUGCGACCGGCCGACCACUCGAAGACAAUGUCGAUCUACAGCAAUGCAAGCACUGCAAGAAGGGCAUUCUCAAGACGGCGGCAAAGUCACACAUUGCGCAGUGCCUCCGACUGAAGAAGGAGAAGGCGCGGCGGAAGAAGGAAGCUCGUGAGGUCAGGGAAAGGGCCAAGGAGGCAGCGAGGGAAGAGGAGGCACGGAAGGCCGACGAAGAAAACGGCGACGGCAAAGGCGACGACGAUAGCGACGGGGAGGAUGACAUCUCGGCCGACAAGAAACCCACGGGGAGCAAGACUGCGAAAAAGGCUGCGGGGAAGAAGCCCGACGACGACAAGGAGGGCAAGAAAAGGAAGGCCGAUGGGGAUCCAGACAAGGGGCCCAAGGCCAAGAAGAAGAAGGACGAACCCAAGGCCAAGGUUCCCAAGCCAAAGAGGCCUGUGGAUGUCGAGCGCCAAUGCGGUGUGAUUUUACCAAAUGGACAGCCAUGCGCAAGAUCCCUGACGUGCAAGAGCCACCCUAUGGGUGCGAAGCGUGCUUUGGCCGGGCGAUCUCUACCAUACGACAUGCUACUCGCUGCCUACCAGAAGAAGAACCAGGCAAAGCAGCAGAAAGCCGCACUCGAUGCAAAUGCCCCAAUAGAAGACGAAGACGACGCCACCAACGGGCCUGUCGACUCGGACGAGGAAACCGCAGCCGUGAUGGGCGCCCUGGCCCAAUGGAACCCGCAACCUCUGAUCCCGCAACCACUCUUCAUACUGAUCAAGCGCCAGUACCAACUCGCGAGACUCCACGAGCAGUUACAAAUGGCAACCGACGGCGGACGGACAAACAUCUUCCGAGUCUCCGGUUACGGGGCACAGAAACUCCCAGAGGGCCAUCCCGGACUGCUGGACAGCGAGGAUGCGCCCGGAGAGCGAGACUUGGGAGUCGUGGGGUUCGGGGGCUCAGGGCGGUCGUCGAGUUUUGGGUUGCUGGGACCUUCACAAAGACAGCCGUCGGUGACGAGCCGGGGGUAGAGGCGUAGCAUUUCGGCGACAUACGGGUCGUAUUAGCCAGGGACCCUGAGGGUGGUGACAACAUUGCCA